AUGGCGCCCCCGAUACGUGCGCGCUCGAUCAAGUCAGAUUCCUUCCACGAACACUUCCGAAAGCUCAAGACAUCCGUCUACCAAGACAGCCCUCGUCCCAACGCGGUAUCAUCCUCGCACUACAUCCGCACGCUAUCAUGGAACGCCUCUGGAACAUUCAUCGCGACAGGCGCUGCUGAUAGGACACUGCGCAUCUGGAACCCUGAAAAGACGAAUGCUAAGAACUCGACCGAAUUGCGCACGCCCAAUACGACAGCAGCCCUAGAGCGCGUAUCCUUUCACCCAAUCAACGAGAAUGAGCUCGCAAGCUCCACGUCUGAUGGCAUGGUCAGGUUCUGGGACAUACGGUCCAAGGCUAGUGUCGGCGAAGUCAAGGUCGGCGAGUGCCCAUUCACGUUGGCGUGGACGCCAGAUGGGAAUGAGUUGGUUGCAGGUAGAAAGGUUAAAUCUCCCAUAGCCAUGCAAGACAUAUAUGCUGACAUUCUGCAGGAUAAUCUCCUCGUCACCAUCGACCGAUCGACCCUAAGCAUCCUCUCCGAACACCAACAAGUCCUCCAAACAAAUCAAUGCGUCUUCGACUGGUCCGGUAACCACCUCUACACGACAGCCGGCGACGGCAGCGUCAGAAGUCUUCGCUACCCGUCUUUCGAAAACGCCAUGACUUUAAACGCUCAUACCUCUGCAUGCUACGCCGUAUCACUAUCGCCCAGCGGCGAAUACCUGGCAGCAGGUGGAGGCGACGCGCUUAUCUCACUAUGGGACAUACAAGAAUGGAUAUGCACACGGACUUUGGAAUUGACCGGUGGCAUCAUCAAGUCGGUCGACUUCUCCUUCGACGGCAGCUAUGUUACUGCGGGCUCCGAUGACAAGGAAGAGAAGAAGAUACGCAUUGCGCAUGUUCACACCGGCGAGAUUGUCCACACGGUCGAUGUGCCGACACCAGCGUCCCACGUUGCCUGGCAUCCGUGCCGGUAUAUCCUCGCAUACUCCGCGGACAAUUUGGGGCUGAAGAUCAUUGGGGGUAUAAGCUAG